ACCACUCCUUUCAGCUAAUUCGAAAACGGUCUGGAACCAUUUUUGGAUCUUACCAUUUCCAUUUUUUUCAUUCUCGCCUCGGAAAAUUCGGAGUGAAAAGAAAAAGAAAGAUACUUGUCUCCCUCGCUCGAUCUGCUUAGGAUAUCUCAGUCACCAUGCAUGCAAAGGGUGUUCUCAUCGGCCUGCUAGGCAUCGCCGCUAUCACCGAGGCUACGGCUAUCCGUCCUUAUGAACAAAUCAUGAACCGAAGAGCUGCCCGAGCUCUCAGCACCCGACAAUUCGGCGGUGGUAAGGGCGGCUUCGGUGGCGGUCAAGGCCAAGGACAGGGUCAAGGUCAAGGCCAACAGGGUCAGCAGGGCCAGGGUCAACAAGGUCAAAACCAAGGGCAGCAAGGUCAGAACGGCCAAAACGCUCAAAAUGGUCAGAACGGUCAAAAUGCACAGAAUGGCCAAAACCAGAACAACCAAAACAAUGGUCAGAAUGGCCAGAACAACAACAACCAGAACAACGGGAACAACAAUAACAACCAGGCCUCGUUGACAUUGGAUGCCAAUGCUGUACAGACUGGUUCCCAGCAGGAUGGUAACCCGGACGCAGCCGAGGGUGAAUCCGCGUCCGCUACCGACAACGCCAACUUUAUCAACUUCUGUAGCGGUGAGACAUUGACGAACGGUCUUCAGCAGAAGCAAGGCUCCUGCAACGGUAUUCCCAUGGGUAAAAUCCCCGCGACUACUAACAUGGUGUCGAGUAUUCUGCUCAACCCGCAGCACAACGACAACGUUCAGGCCAACCAGGACUUCGAUAUUCAAGUUCAAGUCGAUAACUUCCAGGCUGGUACCUUCACUAACGCUGACAACACUUACUACUCUGCACCCCAGGAUCUCAACGGCCAAGGAAACAUCAUUGGUCACACUCACGUCACUGUUCAAGAUCUCGGAAACUCUCUAACUCCCAGCCAACCUCUCGACGCCACCCAGUUUGUCUUCUUCAAGGGUAUCAACGAUGCUGGUAACGGCAAGGGACUUCUGUCAGCUACUGUUACUGGUGGUCUCCCAGCUGGUAACUACCGUGUCUGCACUAUGUUCUCUUCUGCCAACCAUCAACCUGUUCUCAUGCCCGUUGCCCAGCGUGGUGCCCAGGAUGACUGCAACAAGUUCACUGUUGGUGGUGGGAACGGAAACAACAACAACAACAAUGGCAACAACGCGAACAACGGUAACAAUGCCAACAAUGGUAACGCCAAUGCCAACGGUCAGAAUGGCCAGAACAACCAAGGCAACCAGAACGGUCAAAACGGCCAGAAUGGUCAAAAUGGACAGAACGGUCAAAAUGCGCAGGCAGGACAGAAUGGUCAAGCCGGUCAGAACGGUGGCAAGGGCCAGGGUCAAGGCCAAAGUAAUAAGUCGAACACAAAUACAGGCUCUGGCGGUAAUGCUAACGCCAACAACCAACAGACUAAGAACCUUGGCGGCGCAGCUCCGAGCGUAACAAACUCUGGAGAUGCCAAACGGCCGUUUGCUGUCAACGGGAACACCUUCGUGAACGAGGCGGCUGCUAAGCAAAGAGUUUGCGAUAUACAAAACAACAGUUGUAGCGACGCGGCGAAUGCCGGUGCUGGUUUCAAACUUUCGGACUGCCAAGCGCAAUUACAGGCUUGCCAAGCGGCAGCAUAGUUGAGAUUUGGGGAGGAAAAGAUUUGAAACAGCACUGCGGCAGGUUCUACUGUCGGGCGGUGCACGAUUGAGUUUUUAUUCGUAUGGCUCUCUGUUACGAUAUAUCCCCGAUGUUGAUGUAAUUGUCACGCUGUGUGUGGCAGAUAGAGAGUCCGGCGGUCGGGCGCAUGGCAAUACCUUUUAAUGA